AUGGAUGCUUCGGGUCGGAAUGUGUUUAGGAUGUUGAUCAGGGUGUUAACAGAAAGGAUGUUCAAACAUCUUCGGAAAUGGUUUGUCACUCGCUUUUGGGGACGUUCUCGUGUGGAGAACGUUAAUGGCUUGACCUCAGCUUUUCUGUUUUCUCUGGAAACUCAAGUGACCAUUGGAUAUGGAUUCAGGUGUGUGACAGAGCAAUGUGCCACUGCCAUUUUUCUGCUUAUCUGCCAGUCUAUACUUGGAGUUAUCAUCAAUUCUUUCAUGUGUGGUGCCAUCUUAGCUAAGAUCUCCAGACCCAAAAAACGUGCCAAGACCAUCACGUUCAGCAAGAAUGCAGUGAUCAGCAAGCGGGGUGGGAAGCUCUGCCUCCUAAUCCGAGUGGCUAAUCUCAGGAAGAGCCUCCUUAUUGGCAGUCACAUAUAUGGAAAACUUCUGAGGACCAUAGUCACUCCUGAAGGAGAGACCAUUAUUUUGGACCAGAUCAAUAUCAAUUUUGUAGUGGAUGCUGGGAAUGAAAACUUAUUCUUCAUCUCCCCACUGACAAUUUACCAUGUGAUUGAUCACAACAGCCCCUUCUUCCACAUGGCAGCAGAAACUCUUUCCCAGCAGGACUUUGAAUUAGUGGUGUUUUUAGAUGGCACAGUGGAGUCAACCAGUGCCACUUGCCAAGUCCGGACAUCCUAUGUCCCAGAGGAGGUGCUUUGGGGCUACCGUUUUGCUCCCAUAGUAUCCAAGACCAAGGAAGGGAAAUACCGAGUGGAUUUCCAUAACUUUAGCAAGACGGUAGAAGUAGAGACCCCUCACUGUGCCAUGUGCCUUUAUAAUGAGAAAGAUGCUAGAGCCAGGAUGAAGAGAGGCUAUGACAACCCCAACUUCAUCUUGUCAGAAGUCAGCGAAACAGAUGACACCAAAAUGUAG